AUGACCCGUCCGACUCUGAGGGGCGAGGAUGGGCCAAGCCAAGCCAACCGUGCCAUCGGAAUUAUACUUGAAGAGCAUCAGGCGCAGAUCAUGGAGGAACUCUCCAGGCACCGCUUUGACAUGGAGCGCCUCAUUUCCUUGAAGAUGCAGGCAGUUCCAGCGCAGAAUGAGGUGGUUGACUUGAAGCCAACCAUUGGAAAGCCACAAAAGUCGACGCCUCUCACGCCUCAAGGAGAUUUGCAGGAGCCUUCGUUUGAAGCACCUGAGGAGCACAUCAAUCGUGCAACGCUCUCGCCGUCCAUUGAGGGUGUGUUUUCAGACACUGAAUCUCGAGCGGUGAGUCAGCAAAGUGAAGCCAGACAGAACUACAGUGUUGAUGAUCCCCAAGAUGAAGUCGCCAAGAGGAAAAAGAGAACGGGACGAGUGAUUCGAAGAACCAUGAGCGGGAAUCAAUCAGAGAUAUCAACCUCGGAUCGCCGCUUUCCUCGGCUAAAGGCUUGGGUGCGUAGUGGUACAUUUGAGAGCAUCGCCGGAAUUCUGAUAAUCACCAAUGCAGUAUUCAUUGGCAUCGAGAUCGAGCUCUCGAUUCAGAUGGGCAGCCCGCCAUGGGCAGUCCAGGUCAUCGGCCUCACCUACACGUUGGCCUUUGCUCUUGAGCUCCUUUUGCGACUGGUGGUCGAUGGCUGCAGUAUGUUUUGGAGGAGGCAAUACUUAUGGAACCUUCUCGAUCUUUUUGUGGUGCUGUGCUCACUGUGGGAAGUGUUGGUGCUUGUCUUGGAAGCCAUGAUGCCAGACCUUAGUAUGAAUGCAGGCAUUGGUGUCAUUAGCUCCUUGCGCAUUGUCCGGAUUCUACGGAUCACACGCUUGAUCCGCAACACUGGCUCAUCGACGGGGGGAGCGAUGAAAGUCCUACGGGCCUUGCGCACUCUAAUCCACUCGAUAGUCUACACGCUCAAGGAGGUGGUUUGGGCUGCGGUAUUUUUGUUUCUCAUCAUGUACGUCUUCUCUUUAGCCAUUACUCAAGGUGUUGCGGAGGAGCUGAGAACCGCCCCAUCGGAGAGUCGAUUGCUACAUUAUUGGGGUGGCAUCCCUUCAGCCAUGUCCACGUGCUUCAUGGCCGUGACAGGCGGCAUCUCAUGGGAGGUGGCCUCCGACCCCCUCUUGAAGAUCUCGUUUCUUUGGUGGCUUCUAUUUAUUACAUACGUGGGCUUCACGGUCUUCGCUGUUUUGAAUGUGAUGACAGGUGUUUUCUGCCAAAGUGCCAUCAAGUCCGCGCAGCACGACACCGAUCUAUUCUUGCAAAACAUGCUGGUCGAGCGAGAUGAGCACUUGAAGCGGAUCAAGGACCUUUUUUCCAGGCUUGACAAUGAUGGGUCCGGAAGUUUAACCUUGGCCGAAUUGGAGGAGCAUUUGGGUGAUCCGGCAGUCCAGGCCUACUUUGCUUCCAUGGAGCUCUCCAUUACUGACGUGUGGUCCUUCUUCAAACUCCUCGACUCAGACCUGGAAGCGGAAAUCUCUCCAGAGACCUUCUUUGAAGGCUGCCAGAGGCUGAAAGGCUUUGCGAGAUCGCUUGACCUGGCCAAGUUGAUGCAUCAGUCUCAGUCGAUGGCCAAGAAGCAGGUGGAGUUCAUGAACACGACCGACGAUUUUCUAGCUAAGAUCUGGGAGCAACUCAGGCGUGAGUUGUGGCAAGAGACCACCCUUUGGUAUCGCAGUGUGCGACUGUUGGUUUUCACCACGCUAGCUUUGUACAUCGGAACCUCAUGCACAAAUCCUGGCUUCCUCGACAGCGAGUCACGUGGUUGUGGCAGCUGCUUGCUCCUGCUUUGUGCACUGUGCAUGCGGGACUCCAAUGAGAAGGUGUCCAAUCCCACGAUCGUGAGCCCGGAGAAUCCUGCACUUCUGGGUGCGAGCAACUUGGAGAUGGACCAGGGAGACCCUGAGACGGGGAAAAUGGAUGAAGGCAUUAAAAGACGUGGUGCACCAGAUGCCGACAACGAUGGAAACGUUGAAGGAGAGAACAAUCGAGCGCUCUUCUUUUGGUAUUUGAAGUCCUUGCGUUCGGAGCGUGGAUCUCCCUUUGCGCGACGGGUGGGCUGUUGCAGCCUCUUCCGGACGGCCUCGCGCGCGGCUGCUGCUUCACCAGAUGGUGAUGCUGCGAGAACGUCUCAAGUGCCCUGUGAGCUGGAUUCCAGCUUUCCUGCUGAAGCUUGGUAUGGCUCAGAUUGUGUUGGGGCCGAGCAAUUUCUCUACGACUGGGGCUGCAAGGACAUGCUGGCUUUGAAGUAUGGAGUGCAGCUGGAUGAGUUCGAUUUUGUCAACAAAGCGAAGGCUCGCUGCGGUCCAGGCUCGGAACUUCAGCCCCGCAAGCUGGCGCAUGCCAUGAAUGUGGAGCCAGCCUUGAAAGUGAAGGAUGCUAGCAAUGAGCGUCUCCUUCAACUGCGGCUGGACGUCACAAGUAUGGGCUCUUUUGUUGAGCUUCAAAACGCUUUGCGUCGAUGGCCAGGCACAGCAUGUGCCUUGGCAGCUGUGGGGCUUGCUGGUAUUGGUCGGAACGUGCAGUUGGUAGCGGCGUACCGCGAGGCGUAUGGGACAAAGGAUGCCCUCGUCGCGCGCACGCGGCCCAAGUCCAACGGAGGCGUCGGACCUUUGCACACGUUUAAAGCGGAGACCUUCACUACAGCAGUCUUAAUAGAGCCCGUCAUCGAACACUUGCUGAAAUAUCAGCCGGAGCCCAGCGUCAUGCUGGAGCUCCAAGUUCCAGAAGAAUCCGUUGAUUUUGGGAGCUCCGCUUUCGAGUCGGAGGCUUCGGUAGCCCUCGCAGAGCGCUUCUGCGGGGUUCUAGCGGGACUGGCACCUGCAAGCACUGACUGCGGAGCCACAGCUUCUUGCCUUUUGGCCAAAGAGCUUAUGUGCCGGCAUCAAAAAGUGGCUGACAUGCAGAUUGCAGGCUGCAAAGUGCUUAGCAAUUGGCUGGGUCAUUGUCAACAGCGCCUCUCCACCCAACAGUGCUGUGCCACGAUGGAGGCCAUUACCGCGGCCAUGCGUCGGCACAGCAGCAAUGCUGCAGUGCAAGAGGCAGGAGCUGCUGCAAUGGGCAGUGCAGCAGGUUGGCCAGAACUGCAAGCAGCCGCAGCCACCAAUGGAGCAGUGGAGGAAGUCGUGGGUGCCAUGCGGAAGUUUGAAGGUGAUUCCGAGCUCUUGGCCUCCGGGUGUGGUGCCUUGACAGGGCUUUCGGCCAACCAUCCACUCAACCAGUCCUCAAUCAUGGCCUGUCGAAGCAUUGAGGUUAUUGUCGAUGCUAUGAGGAGAUUUUCCAAGCAUGCACGGCUCCAAACCAUGGGCUUUGGCGCCUUGGGGAAUCUCGCCGCCAACCACCCCAACAACCAGGCAGCGAUUGCGCAGGCAAGCGGCUUGCAGCGAGUCAAAGCUGCCUUGCAGCAGCACCAGAACCGACCCGCGGUUUUGACCGCAGCCCUUGCAGCUUUGUGGUGCUUGCUCAGGAAUCACAGCGCCAACACGGAGGCUGCUGCAGAACUUAGUUUGGCAGAGAUGGCCAUGCUUGCAUUGAGGCGCCACCCGGAUGAUCGAAGACUCAAAGCAGUGGCGUCUGGAGCUCUGCAAUGCCUGGUCCCGGGUUUAUCUGAAGUUGUUCAAAUUGAUUGA